AGUUUUGUCAGCUCUCACUUAAUUUAAUCAUCCAUUCUAAGCAUAAUAAACGUGUAUAUACAGUUAAGGACGUUAUGUAAGACUUUCUAACAACAUGUACAUGAUUUUAUUUGUAUGCUAUUUUGGCUCCCGUCAUAUCCCAUUGUGAUAUUAGUAAUAGUUUAUUGUACAUUUAUGAUGAUCCUACUAUAUUUUUUACAUUUCUCUUAACAGAAAUGUGCAGCCAGGCGUGGCUGACAACGUCAUCGUUUCUAGUGAUACUUCCUCUGCUUAAAAGGUGCACGCACGUAUCAUUCACAUCAAAGUUUCGCUGUCCGAUCCUAAAAUGACUUUGAGUAUGUGACACUGACAGAAAGAAAGCAUCAAUGCGAAGGCAGAGAAAUAUGAUUGCGGUUGUUUUUCUUCUGUGUGCUGUCGAGCUUCUCUGCUCUGAUGGCAUCGCAGUGCAGAAUCAGGCGUGUGUGCCCAGUCAUGAGGUGGCAUGUUUUGUGCCAGCUGACUACUUGAAUGCAUCUGGUUCUGUCAGCGUGGAGGUGUGUGUUGGCAAGAAGCUCAACAUCUCCCUGGAGCACUUCUCUGAAUUCCCUGUUUGCCACUGGAUCAGAGGAGCAAACUCAAUACUGACGGUAAAUGGAAGUAACUCCAUGGUCCUGCCACCGCUUUCUGAGAUGGAUUCAGGGGAGUUUACGCUGAGCUGUGAAACUAGCGAAGGGAUCAGCUCCUCACUGGCUGUGGCUCUGCAUGUAGUGAUGAAACGUCCCACAAAACCAAAGCUGACACUGGACAAAGUGGAUAACAGAAAGCGUUCCCCUUAUUUCACAUGCAUCUCUGAGGGCUUCCCAAAGCCCACACUCAAAUGGACUGGAAACAAUGAUGGGACCAAUGUUCCUGCAAACAGUGUAAUGGCAAUUAGCACAAUAUCCAGUAGUAAAUAUUCUGAGCGUGGAGUGAUGUGCUGUGCUACAAACGCUGAAGGACAAGAAUGCUCUCAACUCUAUGACUAUGACCUGGACGCUAACUUUAUGAAACAUGAUGAGGUUUCUAAAGUCACCGUGAGCCCUGGUCAGCCUUUACUUCUGCGCUGCCGAAUAAAAUCACAGUAUUGGAUGCAACUAGUGUGGAUGAAUGGCAGCAAAAGAAUGAACACCACGAUAUUACCCUGCUCCUCUACAGUCAAGAAGGAGAUUUGCAUUAAAAGUGAUGGCCAUAAAAGCAGUCAGAUGGACUACCUGUUCAUCGAGUCAGUUAAUGGGAACCACAGUGGCACAUACACCUGCACGAGUCAAAACAACAAUACAAAGUCUGUUGACGUUCACGUCCAAGCGGGGGGUUUCCUCUCUGUCCAGAUGGAUAAGAGUCUGAUCAUAUCAGCUCAGAAUGCAUCCCGCUCCGGUUUGCAAGCCAGUGUUUCCUACCACCCUGUGCUCCAGCGCUGUUCCUGGGAAGCUCCUGAUAAAAACAUGAGUAAAUGCAUCCGGGACAAUUGGGUGACAAAACACAGGACUGUGAAGCUACGUGAUGUACUCAAAUCAGGAGAUUAUAAAUUACACUUGGAGGCUGGUGGACAAAUAGAAACAAAGACUAUAUCAGUGUGUGUUGUAGGCACACCAAAGUUCAAAUUCGGGAUUAACAAGGACAACAAUACCAUCACCUUUGAGACCGCAAGUCUUGUGCCAGCCAUUUAUACCUGGAUGUUAUGUUCUUUGUCUAAUGACAGCAUCUGUGAAACAGACUCUUCGUGGGAUGAGAUCCCAGAUGCCUCUCAUACAGACUCGGAUGUCUCCUGUGAGAAGACGAUCAAGGGCUCUCUGAGCAGAGAUCUAGUGGAUGGACAUCAUUUAAGGGUUUGCCUGACAAACUCAGUUGGCUCCUGGUGCCAAACCACAAACUUAAUGUACUACCCAACUUCACCCCAGGCCUCCACAGGUUCUGCAAAUUAUGAUAACGACAGCAUGAUGGUGCUGAAAGUAGGCAGUUUGAUUCUGCUCAUGGCUUUGGCAAUAGUUAGCGUGGUGCUCAUGUACUUUGUCAAAAAGAAGAAACCCAAGUAUCAGCCCCAGCUUCAGAUCAUCCAGAUGGUUGGACCCAAUGACAAUGAUUACAUCUACAUAAACUUCAAGGAGUUUGGGUACGACCUGAAAUGGGAGUUUCCCAGAGAGAACCUGGAACUGGGUCCAGAACUUGGCUCUGGGGCUUUUGGCAUGGUGGUCCAGGCCACAGCUUAUGGCAUCAACAAGCCUGGAGUCUCCCAGCAGGUGGCCGUCAAGAUGCUGAAAGAGAAACACCAGACGGUGGAGAAGGAGGCGCUGAUGUCGGAGCUGAAGAUGCUGACUCACAUCGGUCAGCAUGCCAACAUUGUUAACCUGCUGGGAGCCUGCACUGACUUGGGACCCAUAUACCUGAUUUUCCAGUACUGCUGCUAUGGAGAUCUACUGAACUACCUAAAGACAAACAGAGAGCGCUACCACAAGUGUGUGACCGACGCGUUCAACAAGGACCGUUUCAGCAUCCUUUACCACAACCUGCAGCCGAGGAAACGCUCUGGUGAGCUAGACACAGCAGCGGAUAACUAUGUGCCCAUGUACGGCUCUACCACCAGAGGGCAGGAGGACAUCGCUCUCCUUACCAUCAACUCUGGUGACAUGGACAGCUUUGAAGAGCCAAUGAUCCACGAAGACCCCGAUGAUCAGACAGAUUUGCAGACAGAAGACCUGCAAACCUUGACCUUUGAUGACCUUCUCAGCUUUGCCUUCCAAGUGGCCAAAGGCAUGGAGUUCCUCUCCUCCAAGAAUUGUAUCCACCGAGACCUGGCAGCUCGAAACGUGUUAGUGACAAAGGGCCGGCGGGUGAAGAUCGGUGACUUCGGACUGGCCAGAGACAUCGACAACGACUCCAACUACGUCGUGAGAGGAAAUGUGCGUUUGCCAGUGAAGUGGAUGGCACCAGAGAGCACCUUCCAGGGGAUCUACACCAUGAAGAGUGACGUCUGGGCUUAUGGCAUUCUGCUCUGGGAAAUCUUCUCACUUGGUGUUACUCCGUACCCGGGAAUGAAGGUGGAUCACACGUUCUAUUCAAUGAUUGAAAGAGGAUUCAAGAUGGAUUGUCCGUACUACGCAAACGAGUCUGUGUACGGGAUGAUGUGUAAGUGUUGGGCUCUGGAUCCCAGCAACCGGCCAUCCUUCUCCAAACUGGUGUCCUUUAUGUGUGAUCAGCUGACAGACCGAGAGGAGCAGCUCUACCAUAACAUGCCCGACCAGACAUCCAGCGACUACCACAACACAGCAGACGUUUUGGACAUUUCCGCCUUGACAAAGAAGAAAGAGGACAAGACUCAGUCAGCCAAUGAUUACUGCCGACCCCGUACGACUGAAGAAAGCAGAGCAGAAGUGUCCGACGCAGACACUGUGGCAGCUGACGAGAAGCUGGUGAAGCCAGCUGAUGCCGAGUGAUCCCCAAAUGCUUAAAACCAAUUGGUCUAUAUAUAUUUGACAUUUUUUCUCAUGGUAAUAAUCUCAGUGACAGAAAUCACUUGCUUCUCAUUCUUAGAGCAUUGCAACAAGAUUUUUUUACAAUAUUAUAAAUAAAUUCCUUUUGAGCAGCUGAAAUUAAAAACAUUUUUGUAUAAAAGGAUGCUAAAUAUUCUCAGGACUAGAGACAUGUAAGAUAUGGAGUUUUGUAACAUUUUUAUACAUUCGGUCUACAUACUGUAGCAACUGAUCCACUUUUAGUUUUAGAUUUGAUCAUAUACACCAUAUAUCAUGUGUAUUGUUAUGCAGUUAAAUGUGAUGGCAAUUAUUUUGUUGUGGUAUAUUGUUUGUAUGUUUUAUACCAGCAGCUAUUACUUACAGAUCAAACGAAAAAUGUUGUAAUCAUUUUCAAAACAAGCUUUAUUUUUUUUAUAUUUUAGGGGAUUUCUUUAUUAUCUUUAUUUUGUGUGUUUGCAUUAUACCUGCAGUAAAAUGGACUUUUACACAUUCAUUAAAAAAAAUUGGUGAUCCCGAUGGAAGUCACCUGCAUAUGUCUGAUCGGUCAACAGUUCAACCCUAAAACAUGUUUUCCAUUACUACAAAAAGUCUAAAGAGGAGUAACUAUUCCAUAAUAUCCUCUAAUAUCAUUUCAUGUUUGUGACAUACCUGUCAAUCUCUAAAAAGGCAACUUUUCAUGAGUUCAGAAAAAGUAUUGUUUUCAGCUUUCAGCUGAUCUGAAAGGGUUUUGAAAUGGUGUGUUAAGCGUGUGAAAGUUAAUUGUUUUAUUAUAAUGGAACAUGUAAAGAAAGAAAACAAUUAAAAUCACAAUUUGCUUA